UUUGCUGGGGCUGGGGCUCGUCAGAAUGACGAACCUACUUCUUUAGUUUUCUGCAGGGAGAAGGCAUCUGUUACUGGGAUUUCUGUGGAGGAACAUUUUGAGAUCAAUGUCGUACCCUUGACCAUUGGCCUGACGAAGUUCUUCAAUACGAUGUUGAAGUUUUGUUUUCCUGAACGAGAUCCUGAUGGGAUUGAGGAGCCAUUAGCAGCACAGAGGGACUCUUCUUUUUACGUUCCCAUUGAGAAUAAAUUACUCAUCCAUAUCAAGAUAUCGGAGGACGUGAGGGACUCUGUUCUAGUUAUUCUGAGUCAGGCGGUCAAGCAGAAGCUGCAGAUCCAACCGAAGGGGCCUCAGGAGGAGAACAAGGCGAGACUUUUACUUGUGUCUUCAAUGCAAGCGUUUAAAUGCGAGUAUUGAGGCGGACAAUGACAGGGAGAUUGUAUUAUUGAUUAAUAAAAUAAUUUAUUUUUUUUUUAUUUAUGUUGUGGAGUAUUACAAUCAA